AUGCUAGAACCCGAGCCGCGCCGAUCGGUUAGAGCCACCAAGGGCCAACACAAGGCUCUGGAACAGCUCGACCAAAUCGACAUUCCCAAGAAGCGCGGAAAGAAGGCCGCCAAGAAGGCAGUCCCCGAGCCAGAAGAGCCCGAGGAAGAAAUCAUCCGAUGUGUCUGCGGCGCCACCGAACAAGAUGAGGAUUCCGGCGAACCCUGGAUUGCCUGCGACAUGUGCGGCGCCUGGCAGCACAACAUCUGCAUGGGCAUGAGCCAGUAUAGCGAAGAUCUACCUAAGGAGUAUUUCUGCGAGCUCUGCAAGCCCGAGAACCACCAGGAACUGCUCAAUGGCAUGAAGAACGGCGAGAGGCCCUGGGAGGCCAGGCGCAAAGCCUUCGAGGAAGAAAAGGCAGAGAAGCGGAGAAGAGGCAACAAGAAGAAAUCCAAGAGGGUGAGCGACCACAAGGAAGAAAGCGCCCAGGUCUCCCAGAAGCCAAAGCCAUCUCCAGUACCAGAGCCCAAGAAGGAUGCCAAGAGCGCCGCUGGACAGAAGCGCAAGACGACAGAACCGGUGCCAGAGAAGGAGCCCAAGCAAAAGGUCCGAAAGGUCACAGAAACCCAAGCUCCAUCUCUUCCGUCAUACAAGGCCCCAGAUGACAUUGCUGGAAAGAUCAGUGAGCUGCCCGAGCUCCGGCAAGGCGCCGCCAAGCUCCUUUCUAAAUCUCUUGUGCACUCUAUUGGAGUUGCCGAGAAGAAGGGCGUGUCGAUUCCUUCCGAAGGCGUCUCAGCUACCGCCGAGCGUUUAGCUAUUCAGAUUGAGCGGGCUGUCCACGAUUCGCACCAACCCACUGCCUAUAGCGGCCAGAUGCGGACACUAAGUUACAACCUCAAGACCAACCAAGACCUUACUACCGGCCUGCUUGGCGGCACCCUUACUCCUACCAUGUUGGCUUCCAUGACAACAGAGGAGCUGGCAACAAAGGAGCUACAGAAAGAGACCGCCGAGAUGAAGGCCAGGGCAGAGAAGCAGUCCAUUAUGAUCACCGAGGAUGUCCCCAGGAUACGAAAGACGCACAAGGGCGAGGAAGUUAUUGGUGACGAAAGUUUCAACCUUUCGACUGAUGUUUCCUCCGCUCCCGUACGUAGGCCGCCCCAGGAUACAGCCGAGCCCCCGAAGAAACGCGUUAAGGAAGAGGGACCGGAAAAGGCUGCUCAGGGGGCGGCUUCGAAGCGAUCUUCGAGGGAUCUGACUGUGGACACGCAAAAGUCACCUAGCACAGGGAACUUUGAUAUCAACAAGGUCUUCUCAAGUGUUAGGUCGCCUACGCAGUCUCACCACAGACGUCCAUCCGCCAUGUCUACAUCGACAGGACCUGGGGUUGAUGCUGAUGUGGAUCGCCUUUUGGAUGACGGCACCCAGUCUCCGCCUUACUCGCCCAAGGAAGAGAUCCUCGACCCCGACGUGGUGUGGAAGGGAAAUUUAGUCAUGAAUACCAUUGCGGACUUCCAAGUGACGGCCAAGCAUAUUGGAGGCGCCAAACUCAAGGAGUCAAUCGGCUUGGAAUGGGACAAGUUAAUGCCCAAGACUCUUACUGUCUGCGGACGGAUUGACGAACAACAGGCCAUUGUCUACCUUUGUAGUCUGAGGUAUAGUCUUCCCACUGAUGUGGUAGUAGUGAACUUACAGCCCACGUCGGCGGCCUCGAAGCCGCAGUUCCAACGCCUGGUUGACUACUUUGUGUCCAAGAAGCGAUACGGAGUCAUAGGAGACAGAGGGGUAGCGAACGUCCGCGACACCUACCUCGUUCCCGUGCUUCCCGGCACAGGUCAAUACCCAGAGUUUAUGCUCAACCUGGCGGACAACCACAUUCCCGAGACGAGGACAGAGCCAAUGUUGCUCGCCGUAUUUGUCUACCGUAACGAUCCCGAUACUAUCAUGCGGCUACAUGGGACUAAUGACUAUAACCAAGUAGUGGCGAACCAGUCCACAAAGGUCCACACCAGUUUCGCCAAUACACCGGCGCCAUCAUCGCCAGCGCUGGCGAACCUUCCUCCGGGCCAUCGACCUUCGCUCUCGACGCCCGCUUUCUCACCAACAUCUCCACAGAGCACAUUCCCCAAUUACCCAACUCCUAGGCACAGUAGCACCCCUUCCCAAGUGCCACCGCAGCAGCAACCGCAGCCAACACCGCCAGCCCAGCAUUCAGUGAGCCAAAUGCAGCAUCCCGCCGUGGAUCAAGUGCAGAAACAAGGAGAGGCCAUUGCUAGAGAAGUACUCGGCUCUCUCAUCACCAGCCCGACCGUUGCCUUUCUGUUGCCUCAGGCCCACAAGAUGUCCCGGAAGGAAUGGGAAGUGAUCAAGAAAAUCUACGAGCGGGAUCCUAAGGCUCGCGAUGACCUCCCUUACCUUAGCAAUGUUUUGGAGAGGGAAACUCAUCACCCACCCCAUCAUCAGCCCCAGCACCAGUCACAGCAUCAUCAACAACAGCAGCAGCAACAGCAACACCCACCAAAACAUCAAGCUCAGCAUCCACCUCAGCAUACUCCUCAGCAUCAACCGCAGCACCAGUCCUCUGCUCAACAGCCGCAAGCGGCCUACCCGUCCCAACCGGCCUCUCAUCAUCCUCAACCACCUCAACAUCAGCAGCAUCAACCACCGCAACCGCAGCACGCGCAACCUCACCCACAGGCCCAGCCUCAGCAAGCUCAUCCACAGCACCACCAACAACACUUCACCCCGCCGGUGCGAACCACUCCUAUUCCUCCCCCGCCCAUCCCACCGGUAACUUCUGGCUCGGGUGGCCCCAUUAAGCAAACGCCCAUUCCGCCUCCGCCGAUUCCUCCCCAGGCUGCCACAGCAGCAACCGGUCCUCCUUCCGCCUAGAGGGGCGACGGACAGCGGACAAACCACCCGGACUCAGCAGCA